UCCAGCGGGAAUGAGCACUCUUUAAAGUCAGACCUUUCAUCAUCAAUGAAAAAAAUAUCUCCAUGUGACUCAAUUUCCACAUGACAUGGAUAUUGGCUUAUCUUAAGAAACCGUCCCUUAUAUAUUUUCGCAAUGCUGCCCACCUUCUUCCGAACCCUGUUUUCGAAACACCCACUGACUGUAAACACGAUCUCGGGUGCAGGGCUGUUUAUUGUGGGGGAUUUUAUCGAACAAAAAAUAGAAUCUUGGCGUGGCGUUCAUGGAAAAGAGUUGGACACUCAUAGAUUGGGUCGGAUUGCAGCUGUUGGACUACUGGAAUCGCCACCACAUUAUUAUUUUUACAAAUAUUUAGACAUUCAUUAUCCUGGAAAAAGUUUUAAAAUGAUCUCAAAGAAAAUUCUACUCGACCAAGUUAUAGCUUGUCCAAUGUUUAGUGUUCUAUUUUUUAUACCGUUGGCGCUCUUGGAGGGGAAAUCCUGGGGGAGGAGUUGCGAAGAAUUUAAGAAUAAAUUCCCUUAUGUUUACUUGGUGGAUUGGAUCUUGUGGCCCCCAUGUCAGCUAAUAAAUUUCUACUUUGUCCCUGCCCACUAUCGCGUUUUAUACGUCAACACGUUCACUGUGCUUUGGAACGUUUUCCUAUCAUACAUGAAGCAUUAUGAUCAAUUUGAAUAGUUGUUUUAACAAACCAAAUAGUAAAUCUUGCCAACUAGUGAAAUAUCUUACGUUUUGAACAACUUGAAGAUUUGUUUUAUUCUAUUUUACUAUU